UCGGUGUCCUCGGUGCUCUCUCGGAGCUACACAGUGUGCAUUACUUUCCUCGUGCUGUCUGCAGUGCUAACACAGUGACAGCUUGAAGAAUUAUUCCGUUUCGCACCAUGAAUACCAAGGGUUUCUGCAUGGGAGAUCAUCUCCAUUUUCUAAACCAUACUAAUAAUUUGUUAAGCCAGUCGCCUAUGGAGGACCCACCGCCGUCAUGUGAGCCCUGCAUCAAAACAGAACCGGCCAGCCCGGUGUUCGCCCUCGACAGCACAACCCAGUUGAGCCCCGGGGGCUCGUCCGACAGCAGCGGCUACAGCCUCCUCUCUGGGGGGCAAUCGCAGGAUCUUGAAUCCCCAAACUCGGGAAGCAGCGGAAGCAGAGGCUCAGUACCAGAUUCCUGCAGCAAUCAGCGGUACCGAGAUGGGCGGACCCUGCAGCUCUCCGCUGCAGACUCGCUCAUCAAGUGUGAUUACGGCUCAGCGCUCAGCUCCGGACCCAAGCGGCUCUGCCUGGUGUGCGGGGACUUUGCGUCGGGGUAUCAUUACGGAGUUGCUUCGUGUGAAGCUUGCAAAGCAUUUUUCAAGAGAACCAUCCAGGGUAAUUACAAAGGUAACAUAGAGUACAGCUGCCCAGUGCUGAACAAAUGUGAGAUAACCAAGAGGAGGAGGAAAUCCUGCCAGGCGUGUCGCUUCAGGAAGUGUCUGCAAGUCGGGAUGAUGAAGGAAGGAGUCCGAAUGGACCGUGUGAGGGGAGGCCGUCAGAAAUACAAAAGAAGGAUCGACUCUGGAUCUGCCCAGUACAUAAAGACACCCUCUUCAAAGCCUGCCAAAUCAACAGGCAACAAAGUCAUUUCCCACCUCCUUCUAAUGGAGCCCACCCCAGUCUUUGCCAUGCCUGACCCCACAGCCCCAGAAAGUGAUGUCAAAACCCUGAUGACCCUGUGUGACCUCCUCAACAGAGAGCUGCUUAUCGUGAUUGGCUGGGCAAAGCACAUCCCAGGCUUCCCCAGCCUGCCUCUGGCUGACCAGAUAGCCCUGCUUCAGAGUGGCUGGAUGGAGAUCCUGGUCCUUGCCGUGGUGUCUCGCUCGCUGGCUUUUGCGGAGGAGCUGGUGUUCGCUGGGAAUUUCCUGCUGGACCGCGGGCAGUGCCGCUCGGCCGGCUUGCUUGACCUCUACAGCGCCUUGCAGCAGCUCAUCGGCAAGUACCAGAAAAUGGGGCUUAGCCCGGAAGAGCUGGUCACCCUCAAAGCCAUGGCGCUGGCCAACUCAGACUCGGGUCAUGUUGAGAACGUGGAGGCUGUGCAGCGUCUUCAGGACGGGCUCCACGAAGCCCUGCAGGAGUAUGAGGGGAGCCGACACCCCCAGGAUCCUUACCGCACGGGCAAGCUGCUCAUGACCCUGCCCCUGCUCCGGCAGACCGCCAGCCGAGCCAUUCACUGCUUCUGCCGGCUGCACCUGGAGGGCAGGGUGCCCCUGCACAAACUCUUCCUGGAGAUGCUAGAAGCCAAGAUGUGAUUGUCCAGGCACCACCACCAGUCCUGGGGGAUUCAAUGAGAUGUGGAAUCGCACCCCAAACCUUCUCAGAACUAUUGCUUUGGUUGGCCAGCAUCUGCAGGCACUUAAACAGCUAUGGCAAAAAGUUUAGCAUCACCUAGAAUUUUAGGAUUGAGAGAAAAAAAAAAAAACUAUAUGAACAUAGUUUAGAUUUUUUAUUUAACAUCAUGUAGUCAAAAGAAACAUCAAAAUGAUAUUGCAAAAGUCUACCGGAAGCCGUAAUAGUAGUACAGUAGCAUUUCAUGUUAGAUUGCAAAAUGUCACAUUUUUUGUCAUUUUUUUACGUUAAGUUUAUGGAAAACUACAAAGCGGUACGUAAUUUAAUAUGUUAACGUAACAUUAUUCAGCAGGUUUCAUUCGACUUUAUGAAGCAAAUUGAGUUAAUUCAAUAAGGUAAUACAACACUUUUGGCCAUAUCUGUUUAUAUAUAUUUUUGCAUUGAGAUCCUAGGAAGAUUAAUGGAAACUCAGAAGGAACAAUACAGUUUUACAGUGUAUCUCUCCUCUAUCCACCCAGCCCUUUCCCUUCAAAAACCCAGAAGAAAACCCAACUUACAUAUGCCAUGAUAAACUCUAGCUUACUGCCAUCACUGGAUAGACUUGAACUAUCUGUAUGCUACUUUAAAGAAUACAGGGUGCUUCCAUUUGUUAUAACUUAUGAUAUGCCUUAUCUACGUUUAAUCAAAAGUCGUCAGUGUUGUGCACAGAAAAAAAAAUAGUAGGGUGUCUGCUUACUCCAAUCAAGGCAGACCAAAAUAAAUAAUAUAUGUAAGUGUGUUUGAAAAGGUUUUAGGGAGUUACCUACAUUUAUUUUACAUGAUUCUGUUUUGUUGUACGUACUGAAUAAGCUGUUGACUUCGUAGUAUUUUAAAAUGCGAUCUGGAGCAACUCCGGUACUGUAGCUCCUACAAAUUUAUAAUGUAUUUAUUUUUGUAUUAUUUAAUAAA